UCGAAGCUUUCUCUGAAAGGGAAAGCAGCAAGGAGAGAGAGAUGAUAGGAGAGAGAAAGUUGGGUGCAGUGCAGUCGAUAUUUUCUCUCUCUCUCGUUCCAUUGUAUUCCCCCACCCCAUUUCUUCCCCACCCCAUUCAAACCGAGAAAGGCUUAGAAAAUACGCGAGGCGAUAGAUUUGGGAGAUAGUACCGGAUCCGUAUAUAUAACCUCCUGUCUCCUCUUCCCUUCUUGCCUUGCUCUUCCAGCAUUCCUACCUCCCCUCCCCCUCCCCCUCUAUUCCACUUUGUGUGCGGGGUUUCUCCGUCUCUUCCCCUCGGGGAUCGAUUAAGGCUUCGGCUGGGUUGUGCCGAUUGAUGCGAGGGACGCAAUGGCGGUGUCCUCGCCUUCUUCUGCUCCGGAGAAGAAGAGGAAGUGGCUGCUCAGCAACCGGAAGGUGAUCGACAAGUACCUGCGUGAGGCGAGGGUGAUUCUUGCGGCGGCGCCGGAGGCCGGCAGCGGGGACGCGGUGGCGGCGCUCGGCCUGGUGGACGCGGCGCUGGAGCUGUCGCCGCGUAUGGAGGCCGCCCUAGAGCUGCGCGCGCGCGCGCUCCUCGCGCUGCGGCGUUACCGGGAGGUCGCGGAGAUGCUUCACGACUACAUCCCCAGCUGCGGCAAGUCCUGCUCGGGCGACGACACCUCGUCGUCAUCGUCUGCAUCCUUGUUGUCCUCCGGCUCCGGUGACCUCGGUACAAUCUCCCGUGCCAAGCUCCUCUCGCCCGACCGCCAUCGCUCCGACGACGCCGAACCUGGCGGCGGGGCCGUCCGUUCCUUCCGUUGCUUCGACAUCUCCGAGCUCAAGCGCCGCGUCCUUGCCGGCCUCUCCAAGAACCCCAACACGGACACCCAAUGGAGGUACUUGGUCCUGGGCCAAGCUUGCUUCCACCUCGGCCUCAUAGAGGACGCCAUGGUGCUUCUCCAGACCGGACGCCGCCUCGCAUCGGCGGCGUUCCGCCGCGAGAGCGUCUGCUGGUCUGACGACAGCUUCUCAUCAUCCGCCGCCGCCGCAGUGGCUGCCUCCGUGCCGUCAGGGAAAACACCCAAGUCCGGUUCGGCGUUCAUCAUACCGGCCAUGGAGUCGGAGGCUGUGUCCCAGCUUCUCGCGCACGUAAAGCUCCUGCUCCGCCGCCGCGCGGCUGCCAUGGCCGCGCUCGACGCGGGCCUCCCGGCCGAGGCUGUUCGCCAUUUUUCCAAAAUCCUGGAGGCACGCCGUGGCGUGCUGCCACACCCUUUCGCCGCCGCGUGCCUCGUCGGCCGUGCCGCUGCGUUCCAGGCCGGUGGCCGCCCAGCCGACGCCAUCGCUGACUGCAACCGCGCGCUAGCUCUGGACCCUGCCUACAUCCCGGCGCUCCGUGCCCGUGCCGACCUCCUUCAGUCAGUGGGGGCACUCGCCGAUUGUCUCCGUGACCUUGACCACCUGAAACUUCUUUACGACGCCGCGCUCCGUGAUGGAAAGCUUCCGGGGCCCCGGUGGAGGCCACAGGGUGGCGUGCGCUACCGCGAGAUCGCCGGCGCGCACCGCAAAUUGACCGCCCGUAUACAAGGACUUCGUAGCCGUGUCGCCGCCGGCGAGGCGUGCAACAUCGACUACAACUUGCUGCUGGGAGUGAGGCGGGGAUGCACGCGCUCUGAGCUGGAACGCGCGCACUUGCUGCUCUCCCUCAAACUGAAGCCUGACCGUGCCGUGGUGUUCGGCGAACGUCUGGAGCUCGUGGACGAGCAUCGGGACCUUGAGGCGGUGCGGGACCAGGCGCGCAUGUCCGCGCUGCUGCUGUACAGGAUGCUGCAGAAAGGGUACUCUUUCAUCAUGUCAGCCGUGUUGGACGAGGAGUCUGCCGAGAGGCAGAGGGCGAAGGAGGCCGCUGCGGCAGCCGCGGCUGCCGCGCUGGCGGCCAAGCAGGAAGCUGCAAAGCAAGAACCUGCACCGGUGCCGGAGAAAUCCAAGGACUCGGAGAGCGCUCGUCCAAGAAGGCCACCGUGCCGCGUGCAGACUGUGAAACCAAAAGCUAAGGCCGCGGCCGUGGCAACAAUGUCGAAAACGCCGGUGGCCGUGACGUCGACGGCCCCGGUGUACCAGGGGGUGUUCUGCCGCGACAUGGCGGUGGUGGGAACCCUGCUGUCCCGCGGCGGGUACGACCGCGCCCUCCCGGUGAAGUGCGAGGCGAUGAGCUGCUGAUGACUCCCACCACCACCAGUGAAGACACAGCACAUGUGCGACGUGGCGUGCACCAAGACGGAAUGGAACGUGAGAUCCAGCGAGGUGGCGGGAAAAAGGAGAGGGGUUUGAAUUGUUUGGUCCAACUCGCUGUUGUACAGUUUGGGACGAGGAAUUGGUUUAGGGAAAAAAAGGAAAAUGAAAAAAAAAUCGAGGGAGAAAAAAAUGUUGGUGGCAGGAGGAUGAACGGGAGCUCGUGGAUGGGGAAUUUUGGUUGCAUCUUCUUGAAUGCGAGUUGUUACAGUGCUGUUAGUUCUCCUCCUGUACCUCGCUGCUGUUAGCUGCUCCUGCGGGUUUUGCUCUGUGAAAUCUGCUCUGCUUGCUGCCUUUACGUGCUGCCCUGUACAGUCUUUCACUUGUUUUUGGUUUCACCUCAAGAUUAGAUUCUGCUGCACUUCACCCCAUGAACAUACUGGCCAGCCUCCCGGUCCUCCAUAAU